AUGGAGGAGAAAUUAUAUGAGAAUCAAAAUGAAUCACAGAAUGAAAUCAUUGAUUUAUCUGAUAAGACAGAGAAAAAUUCAAAUGAGAAAUCACACUAUUGUGAUGUCUGUGGGGAGUUAUUCCCAACAAGAAACAAUUUAGUUCAACAUAAAUUAACUCACUCAGACUCAAAGCUGUGCCACUGUGAAGUCUGUGGUAAAGGAUUCACUAAAAGUAGUUUGUUAUAUCAGCACAUACGUAUUCACACAGGAGAGAAACCAUACCACUGUAAUAUCUGCGGUAAAACAUUUUCCCAAAGUGGUCAUGUAUUUGAACAUAGACGUCGCCACACAGGAGAAAAACCACAUCACUGUGAUAUCUGUGGUGAAAACUUUUCUAGCAGUGCUAAUUUGUCUCGACACAAACGUAUGCACACAGGAGAGAGACCACAUUGCUGUGAUAUUUGUGGUAAGACCUUUUCUGAAAGUAGUCAUUUGAUUCAACACAGACAUGUUCAUACUGGAGAGAAACCAUACGACUGUGAUAUAUGUG